GAGAGAGAGAGAGAGAGAGACAGAGAGAGAGAGAGAGAGAGAGAGACAGAGAGAGAGAGAGAGAGAGAGAGAGAGAGAGAGAGACAGAGAGAGAGAGUCAUGAUUUGUUUGCUGAUCAGAGCCAAUAGAAAGCUGUGAGUGUGAUAAGAUCCACAUGCGAGUGACGGAGACGAGGCAGAAAGAAGCAGCAUCAGUGAGAGGAUCAUCGAGGCUCUGGUCUGCUCCGGUCUGCUGUGGACUACUGUGGUCUGCUCUGGUCUGCUCCGGUCUGCUCCGUCCAUGGGUGUUCCUGGACUCUGGACCCGUCUCUGACCGCACACUCGUCCAGGAUGAGCUGUAAGGUGGCGCUGUGGCUGCUUCUCGCCGGGCUGCUGUGUCUCGUCUCCGCCGGACGUAAAACCCGACCGCAGGGAUCCAUCCCGUCCCCCUACAAGACCAGCUCCAACACCUCUGACCGCCGCACGCGCAAACAGGAAGUGCUGGCCUCCAGCCAGGAAGCUCUGGUGGUGACUGAGCGCAAAUACUUGAAGAGCGACUGGUGCAAGACGCAGCCGCUGCGGCAGACGGUCAGUCAGGAGGGCUGCAAGAGCCGGACCGUCAUCAACCGCUUCUGCUACGGUCAGUGCAACUCCUUCUACAUCCCGCGGCACGUCAGGAAAGAGCAGGAGUCCUUCCAGUCCUGUGCCUUCUGCAGACCGCAGCGCUUCACCAGCCUCACCGUGGAGCUCGACUGCCCCGACCUGCAGCCGGACGUCCGCUACCGCAAGAUCCAGAGGGUCAAGCAGUGCCGCUGCAUGUCCGUCAGCGUGUCCGAAUCCGGAAAACGGUGAGAUCCUGACCACGCUUCACUGGAAACACCUGCUGCUAAUCUGUGCUGAGAGACUGCAAGGCUUCGGAACGCCAUCUUAAGACUCUCCGGCUGGACACUGGUCACACUAUCAGUCAUCAUUGGUCACAGUCGGUCAACAUUUGCCUCUAACGGUUGUCAUUAGCCACCGUUGGUCACCAUCAGUCACUGCUGGUCCCCAUCGAACCCUACUGGUCAUCAUUUGACACUGCUGGUCACUGCUUGUCUCCUUUGGACACUAUCGGCUACCAUUGGUCAUCAAUGGUAACUAUCGGUCAUUGGACAUUAUUGGUUACUGUUGGUCACUACUGGUCUCCAACAGUCACCAUCAGUCACUGCUAGUCGCUAUUGGUCACUAUCAGUAGUCACUGAACACUAUUAGUCACCCUAGGUCUUCAUUGGUUACUAACAAUUAGCACUGGUCUUUAUUGGUCACAGUCGGUCACCAAUAGUUUCCAACAGUCUAUCAGUCACUGUUGGUCACUCCUGGUCUCCAUCAGAUACUAUUGGUCACCAUAGGUUACUAUUGGUCACUUUUGAUCACCAUCAGUCAUCGCUGGUUGCUAUUGGUCAUCAUAGGACACUAUCGUCGCUGCUGGUCUCCUGUGGACACUACUGGUCUCAGUCAGACACUAGUGGUCAUCAUCACUAUCGGUCCCUACUAGAAACUAUUGGUCACCACUGGUCUUCAACAGACUCCAUCAGACACUAUAAGUGACUCUUAAUCAUCAUUGAUCACUCUUAGUCAUCAAUGGACACUAUUGGUCAUUAUCAGUCAUCAGUGGUCACCAGGCUCAUAAUCGGUUACUAGAGAGUGUGUGGAAACUAACUGACAUGAAAGAAAUGACUCCACGCUGGACAGGAGCCGCUGCUGUGUGAUGACCGAUGCUAGUUAACACCAAACAUGCAUAACUAGACGGAUUAUAGAGAUUCUAUAGAAAUAUGGUACAGCAAAGUAUAUAUAUAUGUAGAGAAAUAACUGAAGUCUAUAUUAAAAGUAUUGAGUUCUAUCCUUGUCUUCUGUUUUUUAGGAGUUCAGUCUGGUUUAACUAAAGCUGAAAUGGGAACCCUAGCCUUCAUGUGUUUUAAUCCACUUGAUUUUUCUCCAUUGGUUUAAGUGUUAAUUUGCAGCAGAGUUUGAUUUGCUCCAUUUCAAAACCAAGCUCCGCAAUCAAACUGGUGAAGUGAGUAUUAAAGCCUGUCCACCAGGAAGAAGAACUAUGAGAAAGUUUUAAUAAAUGCGGCAACUAUAAGAGAACAAUGGAGCCAACAACACAACUACAUAAUACAGAUUUCAAGGCUCAGAAUUCUAUUUUUCCUUGCAAUUCAGGGUUUCUCUCUCACAUUUCUGAAACUCUGAUAUAAACUUUGAAAUACAAGUUAUGAACUCUGUAGCAUCCAAAACGUCUAUUUAGAAAGAAUACUUGGGAAAACAUGCAAUUGUGAGAAAAACUAAAAUCUGAAUUGUGAUCAAGUUGAAAUGAAUACAUGCAAACUCAGAAUUCAGAGAAUAUGAUUUUAAUUCAUAUCUUGUAAUUCUGACCUCACAGAACUGAGAGCAAUAUCACGCAAAAUGGAGAAAAAAAAAAAAGAAUAGUGAAAUAAGCAUAGAAUUGCCGAACUGUCCCAUAAAAAAAAUAAAAUUAAAAAUAAAGGUAAAUGUGACUUAUUUUUUGUUUCAUGGUUAAAAACAAAAACAAUCUGAAGAUAUAAACUCUUCUUGCAAUUCUGACUUUUUCCUCUGAGUUCCAGGUGUGUCUUGCAGCUGUGACUUUCUUGGAUGCAAAUGUUCUUUUUCUCAGAAUUGAGAAAAUUGUCAGCUAACAUUUUCAAUUUAUUUAUUUUUUAUUCUGGUGGCAGAAACGAGCUUCCUUAAUAUAACGAUUACUUUCAGAGUGACUUUGCAGAAUGUAACUGAAGUGCACUUAUAAUAAACAAUGUUAUUGUGCGUUUGUGUUUCCAUUAUCUGUGGAAAAAAAAAAGUGCUUUCCGUCAGUUUGACACUGCUUCAAAGAUCUUCCAGUAAACACUGGGAUUAGAAGUGGAAAGAAGGCAGUAAAUGACAUCGUAAAACAUCCACAUAAAGAGCAAACCAUGAAAGAGAUAUGAAAAAAAAGAAAAGUGAUAUUCUUAUGCAUUCCAGCUAGUUAUUUGUAAGAUAUGUUCAGUAAAUCAGAAAAAACACACCAUGUUUUUGGUGUAAACGCAGUAAAACCUGUUCAACGGAGCAGAGACUCCAAAUAAAUGUCCCAAAAUGCUCAUUUAAGACACAUAAUACAACCCUGAAGAUGCGGAUCCAUGGCGAAUGUUCAAGUGAAUCUCCAAUCGUGUGAAAUAAAUUAAAAUGUCUGAAUUUAUUAAUCCCUUUAUUUUACAUAAAUUACACUCUUCUCAAAACGUUCAGAUACAAACAGUUAUUGCACAGAGCGCAGACGUCCAUCCACACCUCCGACACGCACAUGCUAAAAACAAACCAAUGCUACAUAAAGAUGUUAAUAUCAUUUACAUUAAAUUAAAAAAACAUCCUCUUAAAUACAUCGAGUGAGUGAAUGCAGCCCAAACAGAAAACAAUAUUGCAUAAUUUCACAAAAACACUGAGUAGAUUCCUGAACGUUCGACGCCGAUUCAUACUGUACAUACUGAAGUGUCUCUUUCAGGUCCUGUAGGACUGGAGUGUGCUUUGAACAUGUUAAACCAGCUGAAGACUAGAGCACUAACCUGCACUAACUAGUGUUGGUUUAAAAGCAUGUGACGGUGCCGAUGUUUAAAAUAAAGACUAGAUACUGUCGCUUUCUCUCACCUUUUUUUAGUCCGUUAAAAAUAAAACAAUCUUGUUCUGAUGAUAUUGCUUCAGUCUUCCAGUAUGUUCUGUGAUAUGUUCAUCCAUCAGGACACAGGAUAUGA